UCUCCUUUUUUCUUUAUAAGCUGUAAAUAAUCAAAAGCUGAAUGAUAUACCUCAUGUAGCUUAAUUUUCUUUAUCCUUUCUUUUCUCUUCAUUUUUAUUUUUCUUUCUUGUUCCUUACUACCUGUUCUGCAAACCGUGUUGACUGUUUGCUUCUUCGAUUGACCGAUACUGAUUAAAAGCAUAAAAUGGGCGCCUGUAUAUCAAGUGAAGAAAGAGCAGAAAAGUCACAUAGCUUCAAUAUUGAUAAAUUGAUUGAAGAAGAUGGAAAGAAAAUGGAAAAAGAAUUCAAGAUACUCUUACUAGGCAGUGGUGAAUCGGGCAAAUCAACUAUUUUCAAACAAAUGAAAAUUAUUCAUCAAAACGGUUAUAGUCGAGAAGAACUUUUAAAUUGGAAACUCACUGUUUAUCGAAACCUGAUACAAUCAGCACAAGCCAUUGUGAAAGCAUUACGUCAGUUUGAAUACCAACUUGAUUCUGAAAAGCUCGAAUAUCAAGCAAAUCAAAUUCUCGACUAUAAAAUUAAUACAACAAUAGCAAUGACAACGACAACAACAACAGCAGCACUGAUGCAAACUGACAUAAAUAAUAUCAAUGAUAUGUUGGAUCCUUCUUUUGUGGAUGCCGUAAUAUCUGUUUGGAAUGAUCCUGCAGUAGCAUCUUUGAUGGACAUGAGAUCAACUGAAUUUUAUCUAAUGGAUAAUGCGUCAUAUUUCUUUGAUGAAAUCAAAAGAAUUGGUCAACCAGGCUACGUUCCUACAGCGCAAGAUGUUCUGAGAGCGAGAGCAAAAACAACAGGCAUAGUGGAGACGAGAUUUAUGAUCAAAGAGACAAGUAUACAUAUGUUUGAUGUAGGCGGACAACGGUCGGAAAGGAAGAAAUGGAUUCAUUGUUUUGAAUCGGUAAAAUCUAUCAUUUUUUGUGUAUCCUUAUCGGAAUACGACCAAGUAUUACUGGAAGAGUCACGACAAAAUCGCAUGAUGGAGAGUUUAGUGUUGUUUGAAUCUGUAGUCAACAGUCGCUGGUUUUCACGGACAACGAUCAUCUUGUUCUUGAACAAGAUUGAUGUUUUCCGGAAAAAGAUUAAAAAAUCACCUUUAGAAAGGUAUUUUCCUGAUUAUGGAGGUGGAGAUGAUCUUAAUAAAGCUGCAAAAUACAUUCUAUGGAGGUUUAAUCAAACUAAUCGAGCCAAGCUAUGCAUUUAUCCACACUUAACACAGGCUACCGAUACAUCCAAUAUUGCCCACGUGUUCAAUGCCAUCAAAGACACUAUUAUUCAGAAUCAUUUGAAGGAUUCUGGUAUUCUAUAAAAAGUGAUUCUCCCCGGCAUUCUUUUUUUUUUUAAAAAAUGUUUUCUGUGGGAAGAGGAGGAAAGAGGAAGCAUACUACCUAAACCAUGUAUACAAACGAGAUAUGUACUUUUUCUAUCUUCUCCACACAGACGCCCUCCCUCUAAUUCUAUCACACACAACCAUUUGCAUUUGCAUAAAAACUACUUUUUUAAUACACAAUCCCCGUCAAAAAGUCAAUGUAUAUACAUUUAAUGC